UUAAAAGCUACCUACCCCUCACCACCCUACAUCCGACAAUGCCCCCCAAGUUCGACCCCAGCGAGGUUAAGAUCAUCUACCUCCGAGCGACCGGUGGUGAGGUCGGUGCCUCUUCCGCUUUGGCCCCCAAGAUCGGUCCCCUUGGUCUCUCCCCCAAGAAGGUCGGAGAAGACAUUGCCAAGGCCACUGGUGACUGGAAAGGUCUCCGAGUGACUGUCCAGCUCACUAUCCAGAACAGGCAAGCUGCCGUCUCCGUUGUUCCUUCCGCCUCUUCCCUUGUCAUCAAGGCCCUCAAGGAGCCUCCUAGGGACAGGAAGAAGGAGAAGAACAUCAAGCACUCCGGUAACGUCCCCCUUGACCAGAUUUACGACAUUGCCCGUAAGAUGGCCCACAAGUCUUUCGCCAAGAACCUUUCUGGUGGUGUCCGUGAAAUCCUCGGUACCGCUCACUCUGUUGGUUGCACUGUUGACGGCAAGAACCCCCACGACAUCAUUGUUGCUAUCCAAGAGGGCGAGAUUGUCGUUCCCGACGAGUAAACUUUUGGGCGUACUCGUAAGGGGCGUGUAGGAUAGGGGAUGCAUGGCUUCACAGACACACAUUUUUUGAACAGGGAGUGGUUUGAGUGACAAUGCGGUCGGAAUAAGGUGUGAGGCUGCUUGAAGUCGGGUGUUAGGAUGAGAAGCUUUCGGCAAUCUCAGCGGCCCAUUCUACUAACUGUUCCUUUGUUUUAUUUGGGAGACGCAGACGACAAGUGUUUUGCAUGACUGAACGUUUGGUUUGCACGAAGAGCCAUGCGAUCGACCCCGUUUGUCGUCUCGGCUCGUCUACUGUCGAAACUCGGAACUGACCAGCGCCUAUCCGAAACCUGAGACCAAUCCUCGUUGAAUUUCCAGGAGGAUUAUUUUCAUUGUCACUUUCGUUACUCUGACGCCGGUUGUAGCAGUUUUUGUCAAGCUACAACAUUUGAAGAGAACUUGAGAAAAUUGAUGGUGUUUUCGGAAGUACUCACUGAGGCUGCUUCGAUAAUGCCGACUGUUGCUGCUGCCUUCUAUUUCAACACAGUUUCAACGAGCCGACCUAACAAGCUGAGAUAAAAUAUGAGUCAAGAAUGUAUCGUGAUAUAGGGUUUUGGUACCCCACACAGUUCACAA